AUGCCAGAGAGCUCCCCAGGAGCUGACACCCGACAGCUGGGCCGCAGUGCUCCUCAGCUGGAGCACUCUGCUUGCAGCCCAUCCUCCCAGAGCUGGGAUGGUGUCUCAAAGCAAUUUCCUGGCGGGGCCAAGUUUUCCAUCUGCAGCUGGUCGGAGCUGUCGAGAGAGGAUGAGGAAGCCCUGGAGUUCAUCCAGGCCUUUGUGAGCGGCACACAGAAGGAAGAGGUGCAGAAGCUCAAGUUCCUGGAGUACAUCUGCACCCUCUGCAAAGGCAGCAGCUCCAAGGCCUUGUCUGCCGUGGAGCUGGUUCUGGAGGGCAAAAAGAGCAUCCUACUGCGCACUUGCUUCAGGAAUGUCUUCCUGCUUCCAGCAAUAGAAGACAUGAAGAACCUGGACACCUGCCUCUAUUCCAAGACCCUGGACAGCAUGGAUAACAUGCUGGAGGUGCUGGUGCUCAACUCUGCCACUUCCGGCCUCCUGGAGCUGCAGAAUAUCUUGCAGGUCUGGCACCUCUUUGGAGGAGUUGAGGAGAGCCCCACUGGCUACAGAAGGGUCUCUGUGGCCAUACUGGGACAGCUGGUGGGGCGUCUCAUACUUUGCUGUGCCUAUGAGGAUGCAGAGACCAGCCGUGGGGCUUUGGACGCUCUUCAUUGCCUCUUCAGAUUUGUGGUGCAACGAAAACGCAGCGAGCCGUUGCAGGAUAAUCAAGGGCAUGCGGAGAACCCAAAGGAGUGGGAAGCUGACGACGAGCUCUGCGUGUCAUGGACCAGCAAGCUCAGUGUCAUCAUGCAUCCCUCCGAGGGCAUAGACGUCAUUGUCACAGCCAUCGAGGGCAUGAGGAACUGCAGCAACUACGGCACGGUGGUGGCUACUCACAUGCUUAACAUGUUUGUGGUGGGUGCUGUUUCUUCACUGGAAGAUGUGCCACGGAUCAUGAGGUGUCUCUACAGGAGCCUGAGCAUCGCCACAACCAUGUGGAAGGUGCUGCUGGAUAAGCCCGCAGUUGCAAAAGACGUGCUGCAGGAGCUGCUGAGCUUGCUGGAGCAACGGGCACUGCGCAAGCAGUCCACCUCCGAGAGGGACAACAGCUGCAUCCUUCCCCUGGCUCUCUUCCUGGCGCUGCUCUUUCAGAUGGUCUUCACAGCAGAGUUCACCCGCCAGGAAGCAAACAUCUUCCUGAGGGAAUGCCAGCGGGAUGGGUCCCCUACCCCCAGCCACGUCAGGAGUGCCAUGGAGGCCAUGAAGGGUCUCUUCCACUGCGCUGGCUAUCAGCACGUAGCCCUGGCUGUGGAGAAGAAUGGCGGCUGGGAGCUGUUUCUGCAUGCAGAGACAUCUCAGAAGGGAGUGUCUGUGCUGGCCAGAGCCAUGAGGAGAGCUCCGAGACACCUGUGUCGCUGGAUCUUCCACCAGCUGGCAAGGCUGCUGAGCGGGGAGGACCAGUUUCGCCAGAGGCCUGCCAUGGCUUUCUUUGUGGAGCUGCUGGACGGCCUUGACCUUGCUGAGAUGGACGAUGCCGCGCUGCCGCUCCUCUGGCGCUACACGCAGACUGAGGGCCUGGAGCUGCGCAGACUGGCAUUCAGAGGCCUCCUGAGCCUGCUGAAGAGGCCCGAGAUGGCAAGGAAAAUGCAGAGCCUGCUCCUAGACAUGGUGGAGUGGCUGCAGGAUGCCCGCAGGGAUGUGCGUGCGGGAAGCUUGCUGUUGCUGAGAAACAUCCUCAGCUACCUGGACCAGAAGGGCUCCAACCCCAUCGCUCUGCAGCUGGCGGAGAGGCUUCUGCCACGCUUUGAUGACAGAAGGUCCAAGCACUGCUCAGAACUCGGGGAAGUAGCUGCUUACGUCCCCGACCUCAUUUUAUCUGAGGACUUGAGGCACGAAGCCCGUUGCGUUCAGAAUUUUCAUGGAGUACUGCUCUUUGCAGACGUCUCAGGUUUCACUGCUCUGACAGAGAAGUUUAGCCAGAGCGUCAGCCUCGAGCGGGGUGCGGACGAGCUAACGCAAACGCUCAAUGACUACAUGGGCGACAUUGUGGAGGAGCUGCUGGGCUUUGGAGGAGACAUCUUGAAGUUUGCAGGGGAUGCUGUACUGGUGCUGUGGAGAGUGAGGGAAACACAGCUGAGAGACACCAUCAGCCUGGUGCUGCAGUGCUGCCGGCAAAUCCAGGAGAAGUACAGCGUCCGUGACACAGACGUGGGUCUGAAGCUCCGACUGAAGAUAGGGAUCUCUGCAGGGCACAUGUCGCUGCUGACUGUGGGAGACCGCAAGGAGCAGCACUUCCUGAUCCUUGGCAAGGCCGUGGGUGAGGUCUGGCAGGCGCAAAACCUUGCAAGUGCAAGUGAUAUUAUCCUGUCAGCCAGCUGCUGGGAGCUCUGUAACCAGAGCCAGGUGAAGAGCAAGAGAGUGAAAGGCCAAGGAGCUGUGAAGGUUACAGGCGUGCAGCGGAUGUCUGUGUCGGAACGCGAAGAACUUUUCUCCAAGUUCACACGAGCCCAGCUGAACUGCCGUUCUCCUGAAAUGCCAGGCGUCCUGAGGCCUGCGGUUACCUUGGCCCCUCAUCGUGCUCAGGGGAAGGUGCUGAGGAAGUACAUCCCAGCCAGUGUCCUGCGCAAGAUUGACGACAGACAGCCCCUGGCGUGCCUAUCCGAGCUGCGGCCGGUCACCUGCCUCUUUGUGAAGCUGCAGUUUGCUGCCAAGGUCAACCUAACGCAAAUCUGCAAGGCUAUCCAGGACAGCAGUGUGCUGAUUUCGGAGAUCCUCCGUCCUCACAAGGGCGAAAUCAACAAAAUCUCCAUGUUUGAUAAGGGCUGCACGCUGCUGUGUGUGUUUGGCCUCCCUGGAGGAAAGCUGCCCUGCGAGAGCGUUUGCGCCUUGGAAAGCGCGAUUAAAAUCUCCACCGCCUGCUCCGGCAGGCUGGGGAAAAUCGAGGCAGUGUCCGUGGGGGUCACCAGCGGGACGGCGUUCUGCGGAGUCGUCGGCCACCGCGUCAGGCACGAGUACACAGUCAUGGGCCAGAAGGUGAACCUGGCUGCCCGGCUGAUGGAGCACUACCCGGGGCUGGUGUCCUGCGAUGCGGCGACCUACGCAGCAUCCCGGCUGCCCCGGUCCUACUUCAAGGAGCUGCCGAAGGCCCAGAUGAAGGGGGUUGGCGAUCCUGGCACUGUCUAUCAGUACCUGGGGAUGUCGCAGAAGCUCAUAUUUGGCCUGGAUCUUAUGGAGGAGAGGUCAGAGUACGGCCCCUUGCUCGGUCGCGAGGAGGAGAUUGCCCUCUUUGAAAGUGCCUUGAAAGCCUACAGGACUUGUCACGAAAGCAGCAUCCUAGCAUUUGAGGGUGUGCUUGGCUCUGGAAAGAGCCAUUUACUCACUGAGCUGGCAUUUUUAGGCCAGGCUGCUGGCCACAGGGUGGUGGCCGUGGAACUGACAGAGCUAAACCUGAAGCAGGUCUACUCUGCCCUCCGUAUGGUGCUGGCCAUGGCCCUGGGCCUGCAGGCAUGUCAAUCGUGCAGUGCCAGACAGCUUGUGCUGCAGGCAAAGCUCCAAGGGCUGAUGGCAGAGAGCAGCUACUGCCUCCUCAACGACAUCUUCCUCGUUAAGUUUCCCCUCUCGACGGCAGUUUCCCAGAUGAGUGGCACUCAAAGGCAAAUGGAGCUGGAGUUGGUUUUGAAGAAAGUGCUCCAGAAGACUGUUGAAGAAGAUGGCGUUGUAUUUGUCAUCGACAACGCCCACUGCAUCGACUCUCCCUCCUGGAGUCUGAUGUGGAGCGUGCUCAGGGAUGUCUCGAUCUUCAUGGUGAUGAGCUUCACUGCCAGUCACUGCAGAAGACAGAGGCUUUGCCAAGCUGCCGUAGACAUCCUGAAGUUGCAGAAAACCAGUUGUGUUUGUCUGGGAGAGCUGAAGCCUUCCGCUGUAGUGCAGAAAGCUUGCCAGGCGCUUGGAGUUGUCAGCCUGCCCCAGGAUCUAGAGACGUUGCUGACGCAAAGAAGCUACGGCAUCCCCUAUUACUGUGAGGAACUGUUGCGCUACCUUCUUGGCCAUGACAUGCUCUUGUUCCACCCACUGGGGAAGGAUGGGAAACGAGAGGACAAGUGGGAGAGCCUCUUCACUCUUGCAGCCAUAGAGAUCGUGGUGUGGAUCAGGUGUGGGUUUGUACAGGCCUUGCUGCUGGGACAGCCCAAGCCGAGGCAGGGGAGUUCUGGUGUCUUUGAGAGGACAACUUCUGUGACGGAGGCUUCAACCACCGCAGCAGCACGGAGCUCCAGCGCGGGGAAGGACCGCAGGGUGUGCACCAUGAGGCCGGAUGUGACCCUGCAGAACACUGUACUUCCCCCUACGUUGAAAGGGAUUGCGCUGGCUCAGCUGGACAGCAUGAAGCCCUCGGAGCAGAUGGUUCUGAAGUGUGCAGCCAUCCUAGGGCCGCUGUUCAGCACGGAGCUGCUGUUCCACAUCCUUCCCGGGUGGAGCAGGGCCAAGCUGAACAAGGCGCUGAAUGCCCUGGUGAGAUGCAACAUCCUCAAGUGGCUGAAUGCUGCCAAGGGGGCAGAAGAGAGCAGUGUUCCCACCGAGGGGUCAGGCACCUCUCUGGAGGAGGAGAGCGAUGCCCAGAAGUCAUCCAUGGAGGAGAGCAAGAGGAGGGCGAGGCUGGAGUCUGGCGUGCUGGCCUUUUGCGCCCCACUGCUGCAGGAGGCUGCGUACGAGCUGUGGCCAAAGGGACAGAGGGUGGCCCUGCACCACAAGUGUGCGGCCUUCCUGGAGAGGCACGUGCACAAGUGCCAGUGCUGCGGGGGAGGCGACUUUGUUGCCUUCCACCGCUUGGCCCUCGGCAGCACGCAGGAGGCCGAGAGUGGAGAAGAGCAUGGCAGCGACUGCUCCUGGCGCAACUGGGAGGCCUCCCUGGCGACCAGCGAGGAGAUGAAGUUGGACGAGCUCCCCGCCUCUACGGAUGCUUCAAGUGGUGUACUGAAAGAGAAGAGCUGCUUGGAGGAGAUUUUUCGAGCGGCAAAGCGGUUUCUGGCUAAGACCGAAUGGAUGCCCAAGGUGCCCAGCAAGACCCACUGGACGCAGGGUAUGGAGUGUUCCUGCAGCUGCAAGGCCAUUGUGGACUUGGUGCUUGUGCCCUUGGCUCAGCACUACAUGGCAGUGGGCAAUGAAGCCAGAGCCUUUUAUUAUCUGCUGGAGGGUGCGGCUGCCUACUUGCACGUCUCCGACAACUACCUGGCCUUCCGGAACCUGCAGAAAGCAGAAGUGCUGAGGACCUUGGUGGCUAAGAAGGGAAACGCGCUUGCUUGCUUUGAAGAAGCCACUUUGCUGAGCCUCAAAGGAGAGGUCUGCUACCGUAUGGGACAAACGGAGCUGGCGAAGACAACGAUCAGGAAGGCAUUGAGCCUGCUGAAGAGGAAAUUCCCCAUGACCUCCACUGGUGCUGCCUUGCAGCUUGUGCUGGAAAAGUCAGAGCAUGCCUCUCACAAGAAGAACAGAGACUCCUCCGUUCCUCAGGAGGCAGGGAGGCAGAGGCUCCCCUGGCUGUUCCGGCAAAGCCACUGCCUGUCCUUACUGCGGCAGCUCUUCAGCCUGGAGAGCGCCGCCGGCAGUCGGAGGCUCUCCCGCCUGGCAGCACUCAUGAAGGUGAACACGGCCGAGGAGUCCGAGGAUGCGAGUCAUGUCCUCUUGUCCUACCUGGAAUAUGCGCUGUGCUGCCAGAACCUGGGCUGCCGGGAAGAGUGGCUGCAAUACGGGCGGGCGGCCGUGCAGCUUAGCGCUGAGGUGCAGCUCUUUGGAGGAGGGGUAUUAAACACAGCCAGCUUUGCCCAGGCCCUGUCCCAUCUGACCCUCAGCCUGGGAAAUCUGCCUCUGUCCGUCGACGUAGGCUAUCGUGCUGAGAGGCUCUGCAUGGAGCUGCAGAAGCCUGACCUGGGCUACAUGGUUCUCAGGACGCUCUUCACGGCACUCUUUCUGCAGAUGAGGUACCCGGAAUGUGAGGCAGUGCUGUGCAGGCUAGAGGAGCAGGUGUCUGGAGCAGAUGAGAUCGUUGGGCAGGCAUGCUUCUUCUGCUGCUGCUUAGACCUCUUGCUUGAUGCUGGGUGGCAGUAUAAGUCCUUUGAAGAGUGCAGGAGAUUCGUGGAGCAGAACGAAGCCAACUGCCUUCUCCAGGCGCAGAGCAGCAUCCUGCUUGGACUGUAUUCGUCCCUGGCUCUUUGGUUUGCAAGGCUUGGGCAGUGGGACAACUUCCAGAAGCCCUUUGAAAAGGCCAAGAGGCUGCUGAAGAGCACUGGCGCCUGCCUUGUGGCCAGCCAAGCGUGCAGCCGGCUCCUGGAGUGCCAUAGCCUGGUGCUGAAAAAAAACAUGGAGCAGGGCUUGUGGAGGGCCCGUGAGAGCUGCCGCAGGGCUCUAAGGCUCGCCGAAGAGGUUUUCUCUCGGUGCUCCACAAGCCCCGUCUUCUACCCCAGAGUCUACCACCUGAAAGCCUACAUUUUCCUGAUGCUGGGGAAUGAAGAGCAGAGCCUGCUGUGCCUCAACCAGGGCCUCCAAGCCUGUGAAGACCAUGGCAACCUGCUGGAGAAGACUUGGCUGGAGAUGAGCACUCAACCAAAUGGGCAACAUUUGGGCUGCUGCAUCCACCUGCAUGGCAGCGACCUGCGGCCCCAGUUCCCCCAGUUCACGGCAGUGCCUCAUCCCAACAUCAACCCAUGA